CAAGCUCUUCGGGAUCCAAACACAACAUUGCUUCAGCCCAGAUCAAGACUAGCAACUCUAUUUCAACCACUAUGGCGACGGGUAUAGAGGUAGAGCUGGUGAAAACCCGCAUUUGCAUGAUUUCCGAUACGCACAAUUGUUCGCCGCUGCCUCCAGGAGAGGUACAUACGCCGUACAGACGCCCGCUGCCUUCGGCUGACGUCCUUCUUCAUGGCGGGGACUUGACCUUUGUCGGCAGGGAGAAGGAGCAUCAAGGGGUGAUUGACAUGCUUAAAGAGGCAGAUGCUGAGCUGAAAAUUGUCAUUGCCGGAAACCACGAUAUAACGCUUGAUGAGGAAUACUACAACUCUGUCGGCCAUUUAAAGCACAAGUGGACAGGACCUGAGGAUCUUGCCAAGAUCAGAGAGCUAUACUGCGGGGAAGAAGCCCAGAGAUACGGCAUCGUCUAUAUGGAAGAGGGCGUACGGACGUUCAGAUUAAAGAAUGGUGCUCAAUUUACCAUUUAUGCGACUCCAUAUCAGCCCGAGUUCUGUCGAUGGGCAUUUGCCUACAACCGUGCUCAUGACCGCUUCAACCCAUCUCCAGAGGGCGCACUGUUCCAAGCGCAGAACCCAGUCCCAUCAUUUCCUGACGUGCACAUAUUGCUAACCCACGGGCCACCGUUGGGUUUUCUGGACCUGGUUCAUUCAAAUAGACACGUCGGCUGUCAACAUCUCCGUGGAGCAGUGGGCCGCGCAAGGCCUCUAAUCCAUUGCUUUGGGCAUAUCCAUGAAGGCCACGGAGCCGUGAGGAUGAACUGGGAUGCUGAUUCCUUGAAAACCAUCCCCCAAAAUAGGGCCGAAGAGUUGAAGAAUCGAUGUGCGUUCGUGGAUUUAAGUCGCGAUGGUGGUGAUCCUCUAAGAUUUGGAGCAGAGACGUUGUUUGUGAAUGCAUCCAUUAUGACACAGGGAUAUGAUCCGCUAAAUGCCCCAUGGUUGGUAGACGUUGACCUCCCACGAGUGUUAGAUGAGGAGAUGAUCGGAUAAGCCCUUAAAAGCCGGGCUCUUUUUCCUGCUUUUGUUGCCACGAGCCUAAAGAGCAAAGAAUUUAUCCAGCCAUUAUAUUCUAAUUUGGUUCGAGUCUCUGGUUAACCGUAUCUCAAAAUCGCAGCACUGCCCGACGAUAGCUUAGAUUCGCUUUCUAGAGGACUCAACCGAUCGGUUAAAAACCUUGAUUAUUUGGGCCCCGUGGUGACAAUGUACGCAGCUUUGGCGACCUUAUCGGACCCUAGAUCUGAUGCUUCGCUCCUUUACGCAUUAUAUUUACUUGUCUUCCGGAUAUUCUAAUAAGCGCUUCACAGGCAUCAAGACGGGCUGGAAAAAGUCGAUAUGUCUUCGAACGAACUUACAGCCCAACAUGGAGGAUAUAUAGGGAUCGACAAAUGGCUUUUGGACUGCCUCACGCAAGGUUUUCGAUAGACGAUCUGAGGAGUGCCACUCCGUCUGUCAACCAGUGCUAUUAUCUUAGAGCUCAAUAUCUCCUGCACGUGGUCAAGUACCAUAAUGAAAUGUCCGUUGAACUUUAGAAAUAAUGAGAUUGAUUGAUCGUUUUUUAAUAAA